UCGGUUAAGAACGGUGGUUCGCUCGUACGGGUCGCGUAUCCUAGCGGAUUCUUGUGAGAUAAUAAUUAUUUCCGACUGCACCGGUGAAUAAUCGCGAGCGAUUCACCAUGGCGGACGAGGAUAAUAAUUGUGAUGAUGGUGAUGUAAAAAUAGGGCAGGGAAUGCGGCUUCGAGGCCGGAAAGGUGCCCUGAAGAAGAAGAAUGUUUACCUGGUGAAAGAUCACAAAUUUAUGCCGAGAUUCUUCAAGCAGCCGACUUUUUGUUCACACUGCAAGGACUUUAUAUGGGGCUUCGGUAAACAAGGCUUCCAGUGUCAAGUAUGCAGCUUCGUGGUCCACAAGAGAUGCCACGAGUAUGUUACGUUUACCUGUCCUGGGGCGGACAAGGGUGCAGAUUCCGACGACACGCGUACAAAACACAACUUCAAAAUUUACACAUACUCGUCACCGGCGUUCUGCGAUCACUGCGGAUCUCUUCUCUACGGGCUAAUCCAUCAGGGCCUCAAGUGUCAAGCAUGCGACAUGAACGUUCACAAGCGAUGCGAGGAAUCAGUUCCGAAUCUUUGCGGCUGCGACCACACCGAGCGCCGCGGACGUAUCCAGCUCUCCGUGUCUUGCCAAGGGUACAAGCUUACCGUUAUAGUGAAGCAAGGUCGAAACUUGAUCCCUAUGGACCCGAACGGCCUGUCUGAUCCCUAUGUGAAGUUGAAGCUUAUUCCGGACUCGGACAACGUGAAGAAAAAAACCAAGACCAUUCGUAGCACACUUAAUCCCGAAUGGAAUGAGACCCUCGUUUUUGAUCUUAAACCCGAGGAUAAAGAUCGACGACUCCUCAUUGAGAUAUGGGAUUGGGAUCGCACUUCUCGAAAUGAUUUUAUGGGAUCUCUCUCAUUCGGAAUCUCUGAAGUGAUGAAGGCACCAGCUGAAGGCUGGUUCAAGCUGCUCACUCAGGAAGAGGGUGAUUUCUACAACGUGCCUGUACCAGAGGAAGGUGCGGAUCUCGCGCAACUGAAGACCCAAAUGAAGACCACUAGCUUGGGCGCUCGUAGACCUCCUCCACCGCCUGAUAGAGAGGUCCCGCAUAACAUGGCGGCCGCUGAUGUUAUUCGAGCGACCGAUUUCAACUUUAUAAUGGUGCUUGGAAAGGGAUCUUUCGGAAAGGUAAUGCUGGCGGAGCGUCGAGGAACAGAUGAGCUCUACGCCAUUAAGAUUCUGAAGAAAGAUAUCAUCAUCCAGGAUGACGACGUGGAGUGUACGAUGGUGGAGAAGCGAGUGCUGGCGCUAAGUACUAAACCACCUUUCCUCGUUCAAUUGCACUCCUGUUUCCAAACUAUGGAUCGACUCUAUUUCGUUAUGGAAUACGUAAAUGGUGGGGAUUUGAUGUUCCAGAUUCAACAAUGUGGCAAAUUCAAAGAACCGGUCGCUGUUUUCUACGCCGCUGAAAUUGCUAUCGGCUUGUUCUUCCUCCACUCGCGUGGCAUUAUCUAUCGUGAUUUGAAGCUUGACAACGUCCUCUUGGAUCAAGACGGCCACAUCAAGAUAGCUGACUUUGGUAUGUGCAAAGAGGGAAUAACCGGCGACAAAACAACUAAGACCUUCUGCGGUACCCCAGACUAUAUCGCCCCAGAGAUUAUUUUAUACCAGCCGUACGGAAAAUCAGUAGAUUGGUGGGCAUACGGUGUGCUCCUGUAUGAAAUGCUUGUUGGUCAGCCUCCUUUUGAUGGGGAAGAUGAAGAAGAACUUUUCGCGGCGAUCACGGACAAUAGUGUUUCAUACCCAAAAACUCUAAGCAAGGAAGCAAAAGACGCGUGCAAAUCCUUCCUCACGAAGAAUCCUCAAAAGCGUCUCGGUUGCGGCUUGCGAGGGGAAGAGGACGUACGCACUCACGCAUUCUUCCGCCGCAUCGACUGGGCCAGAGUGGAGGCCAGAGAUGUUCAGCCGCCCUUCAAACCUAAGAUCAAACAUCGCAAGGAUGUGUCCAACUUUGACAAGCAGUUCACUCAGGAGAAGACGGAACUGACACCGACGGACAAACUGUUCAUGAUGAAUCUUGAUCAAACCGAGUUCAUGGGCUUUUCCUUCCUCAAUCCGGAGUAUGUGCAACAUGUGUGAACAUCCAGGGUCAUCUUUUUGCAUCAUUGAAGCUAAUUCAAGGGCUGUCCUGGCGGUGGCCCCUGAACUUCAUCUGUCGACUCUCUCCGUCACUCUUAAAGCAUACGUUGUUUGCUGUCUCGCUCAUCGUAUUAUCACUUCAUUUCAGAUUCGAACACUGACUUGUUUAAUCUUUAAGAGUGAAGAAGUUUAUUUGUUCCAAUUAAGGAAUUUGAGAGAAUAAUUUGCUCAUUUCCUCGUAGUUUUUAAUUAAUUUACCUGAGUAUUACUCAAGGACUGUUUUAUCCAUCCAAUGCGACAUGACUUUAUAGUUGUAUAGUUAUUGUUUCGAAACGCAAUAAAUAUCAAAGUUUAUCUCAACGAAUUAUCCAAAGCAAUAUUACGUGGAUGUAAAUCGUCGUUAUUAUAAUACCUAAUAUUAUUUAGAAGAAUUGCUCUCUUUUAUUUAUAGGCUGUAUAAGUGGUUACUCAUUACUAACUUAUAUUUAAUCUGUGUUAUAAAACAUAGAUAAAAAAUAUUCAACAAGCUUCCAUUAUUGAAAAUAUCUUCCACUAAUGUUAUAAUGUUUUGACAUUUAUAUAACUUGAUUUUUUUAUUAACGUGAAAUAAAAUAGUUUUUUUAGACAGAAUUUUAAAAUAUCAUAUCUUGGGGCCACUUGAUAAUAUAGUUAAUAUAGGAAGCUAUUAUUUUCACAGAACAAAUGACAUAUGACGAAAUUAUACAAACUAAAUUUAUCCGUAAACGCGAGUAAUUAAAAUCUAUAUUAGCGCGUACAUUUCAGAGUGUCAUGUAAUUACUUGUGUGAUUGGGUUUCGGUAUAAUUUCUCAUUCACAUAUCAGUGUUUGUAAUUCGAAUGUUAUUGUAUAUCGUGUCGUGUGGAUGGCGCCUAACUGGAGCGGUUCAAUCGUCUAUCUUGAGCUUUAUUACUAUAACAGUAUGGAUCAUUAUCUUCCUGCUAAAUUUAAAUAAUUAUGUUGUAUAAUCUCCGAGGCGAUAUGCUAUUUUCUUGUGAGUAAGUAACUCGAUUAAAAUUGAAUCUCUAUUCAAAUAUUUGAUUGUUAUUUAUUUUUAUUGUUAGUUAAACUUAUUUUAUUACAUGACAUUAAUUUUUAUAAACAUUUUAACGUUUAAUUCGCGAAUACGGCUGUAUUGUGGCUGUCAUUAAGUUUUCAUUGUCUAUGGUAUUAUUUAAGUUUGUUUGUUGUUUAUGCAUUUAAAUAAUUUUCCUUUGGUGUGGUUACAAAUGGUAACAAUUUUUUUGUUAGAUGAUGCCUGUGAAUGGACUAUUUGUAUGUGUGUAUGUGUGCGUGUGUGUGUGUGUGUCCGUGUGUGUGUGUGUGUCCGUGUGUGUGUGUGUGUGUGUGUAUGUAAAUGUUCUUUUCUUAAAAUUGCGGUUUUAUUAGACGAUUACCUUACGACGUUGUACCAUUUUGUCAAAAAUCUUGUGUGUUUGUAUUAAUCAAACUAUUUUAAUAUAUUUUUCAUGUUUUCAUUCCAUCGUCUAAUCACACCGCAACGAAGCUGUUAGCUGUUAAUAAACGUGUAUUAAAAAUAGCCUUACUAACAUUACUUAUAUAAUAAAUAAACUAAAAAUACAUUUAAUAAAUAAAUUGUAACCUUGCUAGUUUAAAAAUAAAAUGUGAAAUUAAAUUAAAUGAAAAGCAGUUGAUUCUAAAUUGAAAGUAAUAAAAUGUCAUUUUAGAUGUUAUAAUUUUUAUAUAUAAGUAUUCUUCCAACGGACGUUAUUGGAAAAGCAAUCUUAAAGGGAUAAGCUUAUGGUACAUCAUCUUUUGGUUUUUUCAAUAACGUUCAUGAUGCCGUUUACUUCGCCGAGUUUAGAAGUUUCGGUGUAACGGCUUUCUUUUUUCUGUAUUCUAGAUGUAAUAUUUAAUAUUAUUUUUUAAGCUUAGUAUUAAAUAAGGGUAGUGUGUCGACUCAUUUUCAAAUUAUAGUCAAUCUGAGGCCAUCUAAAAAAAAUCAUAAUUGAUGAUGUUUAAUCAAACGCUCAAUGCGUUCUUAGACAAAUUUUGAAUCUAGUCGAGUUAAGUUUAAUUUUAUAAAACCGUUUCAAAUUGUGCUCUAUUUACAAAAGCAGUAACUUUACAUAAUGCUGCUUUUCUUUUAUUGUGAGUUUAUUUGAUAAAUAUUUAUUUAGCCAUUUUAAUUUUAUUAGAUUAAUAUAUGAAAAUGUGUCGACGUAUAGUUAUAAUCAGCUGGAGAGGGAGUCAAGUAGAGCGCCUUUGCGCUUACCCCCAUCCGUGCAUUAUUACAAACACAUGUGUACUUCAACCAUAGACAAUUGGAUGCAUUUUUUUUGUAAAAUGUAACCUCUAAGGUUUAAUUUUUGAUAUGAACCCGUAGAAUAAUAAUUACAGCGGUAUACAUCACCGACUAGAGGAAAUAAAGAGAAGAAUGUAAUAUAUAAACAUUCAUAAGUAACUCUAUGAAGUGUUCACACUAUCCAUAGACUAAUAUAAUUUUGACAACGUCAGCUGAUUUGAUGUGAAUGAUCUGAUCGACAUUAUUUAGUCUAUGGUAAAAUGAUAUAGUAUAAAUGAGCAGUGUUAUUCUAUAAAAAAUACAUAUCAGGGUAAUAUAGAAACAACUUCUAUACUAAGAAUAUUUAAUAUAAUAAAACUUUUUUUUGAGCGGUCUAUUAAUAGACAAAUGUUUAUUUGUUUUUAUUAUUUGAUUUAACGAAUUUUAUGAUGUUCGUAGUACAUGUGUGUUUUAAAUACAAUUGCACUAUCCCCAACCAACCUUUAUUAUUAAAAACACUUUUAAUAAAUUUACUUUAAAUAUUUCAAUGUCAACAAGUGACGUUGUUGCGUAACGUUGGAGGACGAACGUUGUCUUCUGUCAAUAUUGGCUAUUAUUAAAAGUGUUUCUUAAUGCUCACCCAGCUAGCUAGCUUACAUAGAUAUAGAUUCAACAUUAUUGAUCACAAUUUAACAAACUAUCGCGACACUACUGUUUAUUAAGCUGAAUAGAUUUUCGUUUAUAAAAUAUCUCAAAUAGUUAAUAAUGAACACAUAAGCUAUAAUAUGCAAAAUAAGUGAUUGCGACCAUAAACAGAGCUUAUACUGAUAAUAAAUUAAUAUAAACCAAUCGAGUUCGACACAAAUAACCUUAAUAUAAAUAUAGUUAACAUCAAAAUAUAUAAUACAUAAUCGUUAGCUUAAUGUAAAACCCGCGUUACACUUAAUAUUUAUGGCUUGUGUGUUCAUAGCCUUAUUCUAAAAUAUAUAAUUCGUAAUUAUAUAUAUUUUAUCUACUAUAUUCUAUCUCAGCGUUGUUGAGAUUUGGCCACGCCACUGUAUUCUGAACACCAAUUUUUAUAGCUAGUUAACUAGUUCAAAAAUAGAAGUUUUUUUUUCAUCUGAUAUCGUGUAGUGUUGCUAGCUUACGCCUUUCGACAUAUACUUCACUGACUUGGUCGGUUUUUAGAUAAGAUAUAAAGAGUUUAUAAAACUUGUAGCCAUAAUUAACGGUAUUACGUCAUAUUACCAAUAUAUUUGCUAAGAUCUCACUUGUAUAUAACGUUACCAUGUUUUACUUUAUUGCAACGUCUAAGCCUUUAUGACAAAUGAUAUCUAAUAUUUAACCAUCACGCUUUUUCGCUUAAAAUAUAUUUCAUAUAUAGCUUUCUAACAAAUGCGAAACAUUAUAUGAAAGACAUUAUAUUAUGGAGAUAUAAUAUAAAUUGUAUAACAUACGUAAAACUUUGCCGUAUAUAAAAAUAAAAUUCGCUGACAAUACACACUACCGUGGCAAUAUAAAUGUUUACCGACGUGACAGUUUCAAUUGCUAGUGUUGCCCGCUAGUAAAAUAAUUGUAUAAGUUUAAUAAAAGAAUAUUAUUGAAUAAUGAUAUUAAUUUGCGUAGUCUCUGAAAUAGUAUUAAUAUAUUAUGUAGCUGUACUUCAUAAUUCCUUAGUAUAUCGACUAUAUUAAAGAUUGUAGAAAUAAAUAUGGAAAAUCAAUGGCAGUCGCUUUAUAGGCCUAAUUACCCAGGUAGUAAAAGCCCGUAGUUAAUACAGGUUUUAGUAUACUCUUUAAUAUUUUUAACGUAUUUUAAUGGUGUCAUGUUAGCAGUUUAUGCACGUCGCCUGUGCCAAAAGUGUAUAUAAUUUUUUUCCUAAUAUUAUAGGAAUGUAAUUUUCUAAAUCGUUUCCAUUGUUAUGUGUUCAUUGGCAUUUUACUAGUGAUUAAAAAAUUGUGAACUAAUUCAAUUCUACCACUAAUAUCUCAUACAGUUUUAUAUAAUAUUUACAGAGUGGACUUAUUAUUUAAUAAUGAGCAAGAUUAAUAAAAUUAUCCUACUGUUGAUGAACUUCUAACACAUUGUAUUUUAAAUGUUUACAAAGCUUUAUCAAAGCUAUAAAUAAACUAAUAUUGAAGCAAAUACAUACUUAGAUGUUUUUACAGAUACAAUAUAUGCAUUGCAAAGACAGAUACGUUAAGAAGCUUCAUAAACAAUCUAUGCAUAAAUUACUUUAACUAAAAUAUAAAACAUAACUCGGUUGAAAGUUUGAAUUUUAAAAUAAAUUUUUCGGUCACCAGUAAAAUGCCAUAAUAAUAUUUGUAUCACAUUAAAUUUUUAUUAAUAAUUGCACCAAUUUUACUAUUAUUCGAUAAGAGUCUUUACUGUAUGGCUUAUAUUAAUGCGAAUCCAAGAUCAAGUUAUUGAUUUAUGUUAAAGUUCUAAGUUAGGUUACCUAAAGUUCUGAUUUAGUAUCGUAUAUAUGUUAAAAUAUAUAAAUAGUUUGUUUUCUUAUCAACAAAAUUAAAAAAUCAAAACUAUAGGUAACUCGGAUUUGCAAUAUAAAUAAGCUAUUAUGAAAAAUUAUCUGUCAGCUAAGAUUUUUAGAGAAAUGUUACCUUUGUGCAAUUGUAUUUAUUGUUUAUAUAUAAGAUUUUAUUGGAAUAUAAAUAUAGCUUUUCCUUAUCAAAUUAAUAAAAUACAUUUCAUAACAAUUUAAAAUUUUUGAAAAUAUUCACACGUCUAAAUAUCCUAAAGAGAUGUCAUUUGGUUGACGCAUCUAUGGUAAUUUUGUGUGCAUAAUAAUUGUAGUACACUCGUUGCCCUAUAAUUAUAUUAAAUUAUAAUAUACACUAUUUUUAAUAACGGGAAAACUUGAGCGUACGGGUGGAAUAUAAAGUGUCAUUUUUAAGCAAGACAAUAUAAAAGUGCAACACUGCAAAAUGCACGAUAAAGGUUCAAAUAUCUACCGUCAAUCGUUGGUCACAUAUCGAAUUCAUUAUUCACUUUUAUAUAUUUUUGUGUUUUCUACAAACGAAUUAUUCAACUGAUUUGCAGAUCGCCUAGAAUCGCUAGCAGCGGUUCAUUGCACAAAAUGUAAUCUGAUAAUAUCUAAAAUAAAAAAGAGUAUCGCUUUGACAUUCUAGACUAGGAUAUGGACGUGUGAAAUUUCAAUAUAUUAAAUAUCUAAAAAAUGUUUAUUGAGAAGUAUUUUAUUUAUUUAUUUACAUAUAACAUACCUACAUAUGUUUUUUUUUUUAAUUUUUAAUAUUCUAAAAUGACUUAAAUAAUAAUCAGUAUUACUAUACUGUACAAUAGGGAUUUGUUAAAAGUACUAAAAUUGUUUAUCAUACAGACCCAUUGCUCAUUUAGUUUAUGUU